UCAGCCUUCAGGUAAUUGGCAAAAACAUUGAUGUUAGAGAAGAGGCUAAACAUUUUUUGGAGCUCUUGUGCAACUCACACAAUCAAUUUGAUGCUCCAAGGCAUUGGCAACCUGCCAAGGUUUAAGAAAACAGUUGACCAAGCAAAGGCAUUCACUAUUUUUGUGUAUGGGCAUCACCGAACCUUGGCAUGCAUGCGGUCUUUCACCAAGGAGAAGGAUAUCAUAAGGCCAGGGGUGACCAGAUUUGCCACCAACUACCUUACUUUGCAAAGUUUGAUGGAUAAAAAAGAUGCACUAAGGAAGAUGGUGGUUGAUGCAAAGUGGGAGGAAAUACCAGAUGUGAAGUCAAGAAAGGGAAAGGAUGCAACAACCACUAUGUUGAGUACUCCUUUCUGGAAGAGUGUAGCACUUUGCCUUAAGGUUUUUGAACCUUUGGUGAGACUACUUCGUUUGGUUGAUGGGGAUGUCAAGCCAGCCAUGGGUUUCCUGUAUGGAGAGCUAAUUAAGGGAAAGGAGGUUAAGGAGGCCUUUGGCAAUGUGGAGAAGAACUACAAGGAUGUCAUGGCUAUUGUUGACAAGAAGAUGAAGAACAGACUUGAUUCUCCCUUGCAUGUUGCUGCAUACAUGCUGAAUCCAUACUACUCCUAUAAAGAAGCUUCCAUCUUUGAUGAUCCAAAUGUUAUGGAAAAGUUCAUGCUUUGUUGUGAGACAUACUUUAAAGGUGAUGAAGAGAAAGAGUACUUGGCUGUGAAUGAAGAUUUUGACAAGUUUCGGACGAGGCAAGGUUCCUUUGGAAAGAAGAUGGCAAGAAGCUGCGAAAAAUUUGAAUUUAGUCCUGCAUCUUGGUGGAGGCUCUAUGGAGGUGGAGCACCAACUUUGCAGCAUAUGGCUACUAGAAUCCUCUCAUUGACAGCAAGCUCCUCCUCCUGUGAGAGGAAUUGGAGCACCUUUGAAUCUAUACAUACCAAGAGAAGAAAUAGACUAACAACAGAGCGCCUCAGUAUGUUAGUCUAUGUGCAAUUCAAUGCACGGUUGCUGUCCAAGAAGGAGAAAAUCAGCAACAAGAAGACUUAUGAAGUCCUCUUAAGCAAUGAUGCUGCUGAAGCACAAGGAUUUUUGUAUGAGGGAGGGGAUGACCAAGCUUUGGUUGUGUUUAAAGACCCAGAUGACGAGGGUGAGGGUGAAGUUCCUGGAACUGGGAUGUCAUGGGCUGUUCUUGGAGAGGCAAUUGGAGCAAACGAGCAGCUGCAACCUCGUAGGAGUGGAAGAAGGGCCCAGCCUACUAGAGAGAUUCAUGAGGAAGAGUUUGAAUCUGAAUCCGAAGACUAUGAGGAAGAACAGAUUCCUUUUGAGGAUGAUGAAGAUGAAAUCUUAGGAGCAAAUUCCUUUGAGGAUUGAGGCUGUGGGCUGUGGCAAUUUGUGUGUUAUCAAUUAUCAUGUGUGCUGUCCUAUGUGUUGUAAUGCUAGCUGCUACUGCUAGCCAUGCUACCAAGACCUUUUAUUUGCUUCUCAUUUGAACUUUGAACUACCAGCUACCUAUGUUCAGUCAUAUAUCAUAUAUGUGCUGUGCCAUGUGCUAUCUA